GCUAGCUCGCCAACACUUUUGUCCUCUUGUCGCUCUCUCUCUCGGCCGACGACCGAAGUCGCACGGCAGAGCACCGCCGCCGCCGGGGAGGAGGGGGAGGGGGGAGAUGACGGUGGGGAUGAUCAACGCGAACCCGGUGGUGCACGAGCGGCCGGAGCGCGCCGCCCACCCCGCGCACGCGGCGCUCGACGCGCUCGACGUCUUCGAUACGGUGCGGGACAUCAAGGACCCGGAGCACCCCUACUCGCUGGAGCAGCUCAGCGUGCUCUCCCAGGAGUCCGUCUCCGUCGACGAGAAGCUCGGCCACAUCCAGAUAACCUUCACCCCAACUGUGCAACACUGCAGUAUGGCCACAGUGAUUGGUCUGUGCCUCAGGCUUAAGUUGAUGCAAAACUUCCCUCCGCAUUUCAAGAUUGACAUUAAGGUUGCUCCAGGAUCUCUUGCUAAUGAAGAAUCAGUAAACAAACAGCUGAACGACAAGGAGAGGGUCGCGGCGGCGUUGGAGAACCCCAACCUCCGGCAGCUGGUGGACGACUGCCUCUGUUCGGAUCAUCCGUCGUCGUACUAGCUCGCCCCCUGCUGGUGCCCCCGCAACCCGUGCCUGCCGUACAUCAAUAAUAAGCAGGCGUGGCAUGUUGUGUGUUUGCCCUAUACUGCACCUGAUCAUGCAUGGGCCAAUUUUUUCUCUGUUAGUUGUAUGCUACUACGUGGACUGGAAUAUCGUCAGCAAUAUGCAUUUUUCAUGCCUGCUUAUGCACCAAUCCUUCAGAGUAAUAGGGAAUAAAGAAUGUUGUAGUUUGUUGCGGCAUGAUCGAUUUGGUCCUGUCUUACCGCUUCUCUGUCGAUUGUUGGUUGGUGGCUUGUUGCCGUCAGGUUUUUGCAAAUGGAAUGUGAUGUGCAUUUAAGCCGUGCUUUA